UUAAAAUUACCGCUGGUUUUUGUUUCGGAUAUUUUACAACACUGUAUAAACAGCUGUCCAGUGUUUUGAUUUAGUCUUGGCGUGCAAGUUGCGGUUACGUACAUUCUUUUUGGGAAACAUGAGAGGUAUGCUGCCCAGACUUUGGAGAAUAUGCGACACCAGCAGCCGCCAAAAGCUACUCAGUGCUUUCACUACGCGUAGCUGGAUAACAGGAAAUGCAACCCGAUUUUUGUCAACCAUUAAUCCCAGCGCAAAGCAGAAUGAGCGGCCGCACUGUAAUGUGGGCACUAUUGGUCAUGUGGAUCAUGGCAAGACAACGCUGACGGCGGCAAUUACCAAAAUUCAGGCAAAGAAGGGUCUGGCAGAAUUUAUGUCCUACGAACAAAUUGAUCGCGCUCCUGAAGAAAAAGCGCGAGGUAUUACUAUUAAUGCAUGUCACAUUGGCUACGCCACAACAGAACGCACUUAUGCCCACACUGAUUGUCCAGGACAUGCGGAUUACAUCAAGAACAUGAUCUCCGGGGCUUCACAAAUGGAUGGUGCUAUUUUGGUAGUGGCUGCCACAGAUGGACAAAUGCCUCAAACUCGCGAGCAUCUGUUGCUGGCCAAGCAGGUGGGCAUACAGCGCAUCAUAGUUUUUAUCAACAAAGCAGAUCUGGUGGAUCAGGAGGUGCUCGAACUAGUCGAAAUCGAAAUGCGCGAAAUGCUGUCAGAUUUUGGCUUUGAUGGAGUCAGUAGCCCAGUUAUUUGUGGCUCUGCACUGCUAGCGUUGCGCGAUGAUCAGUCCCAGUUUGGUAUUCCUGCCAUUGAGCAGCUUUUGGAACAAUGUGAUGCAUAUAUUCCAACGCCACAGCGCGAUGUCAAUGCACCCUUUAUACUGCCCAUAGACAAUGCUUUUACGGUACCGGGUCGUGGUACUGUCGUCGUGGGCACCAUCAAACGCGGCACCAUUCCGCGGAAUGCAGAUGCUGACUUGUUGGGCUUUAACCAGAACCUAAAGACAAGCGUUAGCGACAUACAAAUCUUUCGCAAAAGUGUACCACAGGCACUCGCUGGCGAGAAUGUCGGCGCACUUCUGCGGGGAAUAAAGAUUUCGUCUGUAGAGCGCGGCAUGCUGCUUUGUGCAGCUGGCUCAGAGGAUAUAUCUAAUCAUUUCGAGGGCUCCAUCUAUUUGCUUUCCCGUGCCGAAGGUGGUCGUACAAAACCCAUGCUUUCCAAAUACAUCCAACAGCUGUUUAGUAUGACUUGGAAUGUGCCAGCUCGCAUUGAUAUUGUGCCCAACGAAUCCAUGCUGAUGCCCGGCGAGCAUGGACAGGUGCGCGUCACUUUGCUUCGCAAAAUGGUCAUGACACCGGGACAAGCUUUUACUAUAAGAGAGAAUGGAGCGACUGUGGCGACAGGCAUGAUUACCCAAAGGCUUCCCUCACUGGACUUACCUAAAAAUAAGCUAUCAAAGGCGUUGGUGGACUGCUAACAAUCCUGUACUUGUUUUUAAAUACAAACCAGCCCUAUUUGUUGUAUUGUAUUGUAAAUUUCAAAAUCUUAAUUUAAAAUUUUUUCA